AUGGAUGUCCAAACAUGCACAUCUUCUAAAUCCACCUCCACAAUGUCCAGGCCUGGACGAUGUGAAGGCAUCGUCCAUAGCUCAACCGCAGCCACUUUUUGUCCCUCCUGCCAACUCCGUCGCCCUCUCUCCCGCCAAGUCGCUUGCUCUGGAGACGAAGAGGACGCCGUCGCGAGGUCGUCGUCACGCCACACCACAGCAUCCCGAGGCGAGAUGGAAGGAGACGAGCGUUUUCUCGACAUGUUGAACUUCGGUGUAUCACCACAAGUGCCAGAUAGUCCAGUUGGGGAGCAAGAGAUGCCACCAACUCAAGAAGUGUCUGCAUCUGCCAAAGCAAAAUCCACUAAAGGAAAGAAUUGGUCUAGUCAAGAGGAUGAAUUGUUGGUGGCAGCAUGGUUGCACACCAGUUUGGAUGCUGUGAUAGGGACAGAUCAAUCAUCAAAUUCUUAUUGGGGUAGGAUUUAUGAUUACUACAGCACGCGCAAGAAAGUGGCAUGGCCGGUGCGUGUUCAAAAUGCAAUCACUUGUCGUUGGAGCACUAUUAAUGAACAAGUCAGUAAGUUUUGUGAAUACUGUCGUGGAAUUGUCACGGCAGAUGUCCUUAGUGUCAGGACUUAGUCGCGAGGCCAA